AUGGUCAAGGAGGAAUGGAGAGGGCUGGGCGAGAUACCAUUCACUGAUAAACUGAGGGCGUUGACGGUUCCUUUGGAGAGAUGGCAUAGAGACAACUUUGGUGAUAUGGACAAGAAAAUUUUGAUGUUUGAGGAAGUGAUCCAGAAGAUUGAUGACAUGGUCAGUAAUGGGAGCUAUGAUGGGACAGUGGAGGCAAGACGGAAGGCGCUAGUGGCUUGUUGCGAGAAAUGGUAUGUGAGGAAAGAACUACAUUGGAAGCAGAUGUCAAGGUCGAGGCAUGCGAAGGGCAUGGAUAAAAAUACGAGGUACUUCCACAACCUAGCUUUUGCCAAACAGAAAAAUAAUAGGAUUGAUACUUUAAUCAUUAAUGGAAGAUUGAUAAGGAAUCAAGUUAGGAUUAAGCUUGCCACAAGGGAGUUUUAUAAAGACUUAUAUCAUCAAGAGAGGUCUCCUGAGAUGGGGUUCAGAGAUGGUCUGGUGGAAAGGAUUAGCGAGGAGGAUUCUAGUACUCUAGAGAUGCUACCGUCACCUGAGGAGGUUAAAGAGGCAGUGUGGGAUUGUGAAUCGUCCAAGGCUCCAGGAUGUGAUGGUUACAACAUGAACUUCAUAAAGAAGUGCUAG